AUGCUCGACGUAGAUUCUCGCGUCGACUCCACCAUGUCCGUUGAGCUCGACCAGCAAGCAUCCCUAACCAAUUCAUUUCAGAAAGCAUACAUUCGUGUUCCUUAUCUCAGCGCCAUUGAUUUCUCAGCCACAAAUGAUGUCAUUGAGAGAGAGCUCUACAAGCUCAUGACUAUGCAAACUAGAGUCUUUGUUGUUCACAUGACAUUCCGUCUUGCCUCUCGUCUCUUCUCCAUUGCCAAAGACAUUGGAAUGAUGGAUGAAGGUUAUGUUUGGAUUGUGACUGCUGGAAUUGCUAAUCUUUUUAACUCAUUGGACUCUUCGGUUAUGGAAUCCAUGGAAGGUGUGUUGGGUGUUAGGCCUUAUAUUCCAAGAACAAAACAGCUUCUUGAUUUUAGAGCUCGAUGGAAAAGAGAGUUCUUAAGAGACAAUCCAACACUUGUUGAUGUUAAUUUGGAUGUUUUUGGAAUAUGGGCCUAUGAUGCUACUGCUGCAUUAGCCAUGGCAGUUGAGAAGCUUGACAACACUGUUUUCGGCUUCACUAAUGUGAGCAACAACUCCAACAACGUGACUGAUCUUGAAAACUUAGGCGUUUCACGAGACGGCGAGAAGCUGAGGGAAGCUUUAUCAAAUGUUAGAUUCAAAGGUGUUGGUGGUGAGUUCAAAGUAGUGGGUGGUGGGAAGUUAGAAACAUCACCAUUUGAGAUAGUUAAUGUGAUUGGUAAUAGUGAAAGAAACAUUGGAUUUUGGACACCACAGAAGGGACUAAUCAGAGACAUGGAUGCAAAUAAUUCAACUUCUAAGGAGAAUCUAAGAGCAAUUCUAUGGCCAGGGGACUCUUACUCUGUUCCAAAGGGAUGGGAAAUUCCCACAAAUGGUAACAAGUUAAAGAUAGGAGUCCCAGUAAAAGAUAAUGGCUUCUCUGAAUUUGUGAAAGUAAUCCAUGAUCCUAUUACCAAUUCUACAAAGGUCACCGGGUUCUGCAUUGAUGUGUUUAAUGCUGUGGUAGAAGCGUUGCCUUAUGCCCUUCCAUUUGAAUUCAUUCCAUUUGAAAAUUCCAACAAUGAGAUGGCAGGAACAUAUGAUGAUUUGAUCACCCAAGUUUAUUAUGAAAAGUUUGAUGCUGUGGUGGGGGACACAACAAUUACGGGAAACAGGUCCAAGUAUGUCGAUUUCACAUUGCCGUACACAGAAUCUGGUGUGACUAUGGUUGUUCCAGUAAGAGACAAUAGAAAGAAGAAUGCAUGGGCCUUCUUGAAGCCAUUGACAUGGGACCUUUGGGUAACAAUAUUUUUUACCUUUGUUUUCAUAGGAUUUGUUGUUUGGGUACUUGAACACCGAAUCAAUGAAUGUUUUAGAGGGCCUAUGCCUUAUCAAAUUGGCACUAGCUUGUGGUUUUCCUUCUCAACCAUGGUAUUUUCUCAUCAAGAGAGAGUGGAGAGCAAUUAUGGAAGAUUUGUGGUGAUAGUAUGGGUUUUUGUAGUUCAAAUUCUGGUUCAAAGCUACACUGCAAGUCUUACCUCUCUCUUAACAGUUGAACGACUACGCCCAGCAUUUACAGAUGUUCAUCAACUCUUAAAGAAUCGGUUGAAUGUUGGUUAUUUGGAAGGUUCUUUUGUUCAUGAAAUCUUGAAGGAUUUGGGGUUCCAUGAAAACCAGCUUAAGAUAUAUAAAUCUGCAGAAGAAUGCAAUGAUCUCUUCACAAAAGGAAGUGCUAAUAAUGGCAUCGAUGCGGCUUUUGACGAAGUCCCUUACGUGAUGCACCUUCUUGGAACUUAUUGCUCCAAGUAUGCCAUGGUUGAGCCAAGAUUUAAAACUGGUGGCUUUGGCUUUGUGUUUCCAAAAGGGUCACCUCUAGUGGGAGACAUAUCACGUGCAAUCUUGAAUGUGAGUGAAGGAGGCAAAAUGAGAAGAAUUGAGAAUGCAUGGUUGAAUGGAAGCAGUUGUCAAGAUUCAAAUAACAAUGCAGCACAAGUAUCUUCUACAAGCCUAGGACUAGAAAGCUUCUGGGGUCUGUUCUUGGUUGUAGGUAUUUGUUGCUUAUUAGCCCUCGUUAUCUUUUUAGCCACAUUCAUAUAUCAGCAUAGACAUAUUUUGUUAAACCAUAAUCUCCCUGAUGAUAGUAGUUCUAUAAGAACACGCAUUGGAAAGUUGCUAAAUACCUUCCAUGAGAGAGAUCUAAGCUCCCACACUUUCAAGAAAAGUGAUUCAGGCGUAACUUGUAGUCUUACGUCAGCACCAACAAGUGUGUCUUCUUGCCCUCCAAUUAGUCCAUCUAGUUACACAGGCUCAGGCUUUUCGGGUACUCCAAAUACUCAACACAAACCUACACAAGAACCUCCUGUCAUUACAACAAAAGGGAUACAACCUCUUAUUAAGCCACAUAGAUCCCUCUAGUUCUAACAUGAUUACCUAAUUAUCUUGUGUUAACUGU